AUACGAAAAGUGCCAAUUUAAUCCAAUUUCCAUUAAUUCUUCCGCCAGUUAAUAGCAAAAUCGGGGUCCGGGUGGAUAAAAGGCAGUCAAAGUGAAUCAAAUGAAAGUUACAGUUAUAAUAAAAUGUUUAAUUAAACUGUAGGUGUAGUCAGUAAUUAACAGAGGCGCUGUGAUAGGUCAAGCAAAUGUAUAAUGAUUUAAGCGACCGUUGUGCCGUGUCACUGUGUUGUGUUCAUCGAUUACGGCUGCUUGUGUUUUAACUGUACAAAGAUGGUGGAUGGAUCUGACGGCUCCGCGCCGGAGCAGCCGCAGCUCAGCAGGAGUCGGGAAGCUAACUGGCCCGCAGUACUGAUCUUCAUACACAUACAUCUGCUGGCCCUAUACGGAACAUGGCUGCUGUUCACCGAGAUCAAACUCCUCACCUUCAUAUUCUUUUUGGUACUCGUUAUGGUAGCAAUGCUUGGCAUGACAACAGGAGCCCAUCGACUCUGGGCGCACAGAUCCUACAAAGCUAGCACAGGAUUGCGCAUCACACUUAUGCUUUUCCAGACGUUGGCUGGAGUAGGCUCUAUUUACGACUGGGUACAGUACCACAGGCUGCAUCACGCACACUUCGCCACCGAGGACGAUCCCUAUGAUUACAACAAAGGCUUUGUGUACGCACACUUCUUGACUCGUCUAAGGAAACUGAGCCCACACCAGGAAAAGUUAAAAGCCGCCAUUGACAUGUCAGAUCUUGAAAGUGAUUCCGUUGUCAUGUUCCAAAAGAAACUAUACUGGGUGUUGUACGCAGUUUUGUUCCUCCUGCUGCCUCUGAACGCCCCUCUCGAAUACUGGGGUGACUCUAUUCUCAGCGCUACAUUCGUCAUUGGUUUCCUGCGUUAUUUCGUUGUGCUCCACGCAUCAUGGUUGAUUGACAGCGCUAUCUGCGUCUGGGGUCUUAAACCUGGCGAAAAAUCUCCCCCGGAUACGAAUGCUGUGUUCAUAAUAACGAAGUCGUUCUGGCCCCACUACCAUUACCUAGUCCCGUAUGACUACAAAUCAGGAGAAUAUGGAACAUACGAUUCUGGUUGCUCAACCGCGUUCAUCCGUGUCUGGGCGGCAUUAGGUUUAGCCACGGAUCUACGUACAGUAGAAACCGGUACAGUGCAAAAGGCACUGGCUGACUCCGCUAAAACCAAAAAGAACUUAAAGACUUGCAUCGACUCCGCGGUCACACACCAACAACUGCCAGAAGAACAUUAUCUCAAAAGAGGAUAAAGUUAUAGUUUUAGUAUUACACUUUAUUGUAUGAUAUUGAAAUAAAUGUAUUUUUAGUAA